CUGGUGGUGACUGAUAUGCGCUGUAAAAUCUCCGUCUGUAUACUGACCUAAAUGGAACAAAUGCGCUGGGUAUUGUAACUCCACGGUUAUGUCCUUAUGGAAAUGUCGUUAGCUAAAAAUAUAAGGAAAUGAGUUUCUCUGCAGAGGAUCAUUAGAUGUUAGACAAGGACAACAGUUCUAAAUUUUAUCUGAAGACCGUCUUAUUACCUUUAGCCAGGAGCGUUAAAUUGUGUUGUAUAUGCUUCGACUAAACCGAAAUUUAUAAAUAUUAGUAGCGAUCGAAGUUAAAUUGUCGCCUUAAUGAUUCGCCGUAUAAAUUGGCAGAUGAUGAUGUAUGUCACGUGUAUUAUAAACGUAUGAUUUACAACCUGUUUGGGUGCCCCCUCCCUAAGCUUAGUAUAGCCCAUAGUUCAGCUUACUGAUGAGUUGGCAGCUGGUGAUGUUCCAAAUCAGUAAUUUAUUUGCAAUACCACAGAAAUAUGUUUCGGUUGUCAUUUAUUUCUUUGGGAUUUAACACUAGAAUGCCUAAAACCGUAAUGAGGAAAUUGCGCACUGCAGUUCAGCCUUUUUAUGUUUUUCGGAGGUAUGGAGGAGAAAUAUUAAGCUGUAAUGUCAUUUUAUUUUAGUAUAAUUUUGUAGGAUAUUUAUUAGCAUGUCGGAUUAAUUUUUAAUCUUAAAUUAUACCGAUUGUUGGCUGUAGUUUAAUUGCUUCAGUCCUCUUAAGAACAGUUGAUUUGGCACCCGCCCCACAAACCGCAAUUUAACACGCCUCCUAUCGGUAUAAUUAACAGCUGAUCAUUGCGCUACCUUAACCAGUCCUGUUCCGGAUGCCUUUUUAGAGAUGCAUAUUACCGUGUCGGUGAAACAAAGUUUCUCUCUAAGCCACAUUUAUACAUGUUGAGGACAUCCUGAUAUUGCCUCGACACAACUGUUAGUCGAUGGAGGCAGUAAUUAGUCUAAACGACGAGCAAUAUUCAUAAAAUUUUCUAACUUCUAACUAGAGGACGCAUAUCCUCUAACUUCUAAUCCCCGACUUGCACUUCAAGAAGUAUUUUUGCCUGAACCACUUAUAUCAUCCAUAGAAAUAUUUCAGUGAACAGUGCCUUGAAGAUGGUGCCGUAGACUUGCUGAAGGAAUUGAAAAACAUGAAAAUGUCUUUAGAAACGCUGCAGUCCACCAGAAUUGGUAUGUCAGUGAACGCAGUGAGAAAGCAAAGUACAGAGGAAGAGGUGCAGACCUUGGCGAAAUCGCUCAUCAAAUCCUGGAAGAAAUUGCUAGAUGGUUCAGACAGCAAACAGGAAGAGAAAAAAAAAGAUUUCUCCCCCUUGACGUCAUCUUCCACUGGAAGUCCGGGCUCUAGUGACCAGAGCUCAAGCAAAACACAAGACGCACCAAAGACACCAACCACUCCAAAGUUCACGUCCUUCCCCCCGACACCCGUCACAACUGACAACGUUCGGACUAAGUGCAGGGAGCUCCUUGUGGCGGCCUUGAAGACAGACGAUGAUUACAAAACCAUUGGAGCAAACUGUGAGCAUCUGGCUGCACAGAUUGAAGAAUGCAUCUACCAGGACUUCAAAUCUACAGACAUGAAGUACAAGGCCAGGCUACGGAGCCGGAUCUCCAACCUGAAGGACCAGAAGAACCCAGAUCUACGUCGCAACGUACUCUGUGGGAACAUCUCUCCAGAGCGCAUUGCCACUAUGACUGCCGAGGAAAUGGCGAGUGCAGAGCUGAAGGAGAUCAGGAAGGCGCUGACCAAGGAGUCGAUCCGGGAGCACCAGCUGUCCAAAGUAGGAGGCACUGAGACGGACAUGUUCGUCUGCGGGAAAUGCAAAGGGAAGAACUGUACCUAUACACAGGUCCAGACACGAAGUGCAGACGAACCCAUGACCACGUUUGUGUUGUGUAACCAGUGUGGGAACAGAUGGAAGUUCUGCUGAGUCACGAUGCUUUUGUUCCAAGAGCCAGCAGAAUGGAUAAAGGAAAGUUGCUUUGUUAUAUAUGCAGAAUUUUUUUUUUUUUCCAUCACAAUUUUUUAUAAACUAAAUUUAAUGCUAGAGUUUAAUACUGCAUCUAAGCUGCGAUUAGGUGUGUGUGUGUGUGCGUGUGUGUGUGUGUGUGUGUGUCUUUUUCUUUCUUUUUUUCUCCCCUUAAGGCCAUGACAUGUUGAGCAGUUUUGGUUGAUGUUUUUGCUUCUGAUUAGGUCCAUGUAAUCUUAUUUUGCUGCCUUAAACAAGUUGUGCCUUUUUGUAUGACUGACAUUGUACAUGGUUCAACAUGAUCUGAUGUUUAACAAAGUGUUGUGUUAAAAUGUGUUUAUUGUGGCCCCUCCCUCCUUGAGUAAACAACACAUUUCCAGUUUGCCGAGUUCGUCUACAAUAAAAUGGAAGUGGUGUCAUGCAUCUUUAUAAA